AUGUUCACCAUCACUCCCUUGCUCGGGGCGCAGAGCACGUCUCGAGCCUCGCAGUCAAUCCUCGAGUUGGACGGUGGCAUCAAAAUCUUGGUGGACGUCGGAUGGGACGAACGUUUCGACACUCGCCAGCUCGCCGAGAUCGAGAAACAUGCCUCUACGUUAUCAUUCAUCCUCCUCACUCAUCCCACCACUUCUCACUUGGGCGCCUUUGCACACUGCUGCAAACACAUCCCCGUCUUCACUCAGAUCCCCGUCUACGCUACACCACCCGUCAUUGCCUUCGGCCGCACCCUCCUCCAAGACCUCUACUCCUCCUCUCCACUGGCAGCCACGUUCAUUCCAGGCUCAGGCUCCCCGGAAGACGGAACGAGCGUCGACGACAAAGCCCGUUCACAUAUCCUACGCCAGGCUCCGACAUUUGAAGAAAUCAACAAAUAUUUCACUUUGAUCACGCCCCUCAAGUAUUCACAACCUCACCAACCUACACCUUCUUCAUUCUCCGCACCGAUCGAGGGUCUUACGUUGACGGCUUAUAAUUCUGGUCAUACACUAGGAGGUACAAUAUGGCACAUACAAUAUGGGAUGGAGUCGAUUGUGUACGCUGUAGAUUGGAACCAAGCCCGGGAGAAUGUCAUAGCCGGAGCAGCCUGGUUCGGAGGUGUUGGAGGCGCCGAAGUCAUCGAACAACUACGCAAGCCUACUGCCCUCGUCUGCAGCAGUAUUGGCGCGACAAGAGCCGCGCUGUCUGGUGGUCGGAGAGCUCGUGACGAAGCUCUGUUGGCGCACAUCAAGGUCUGUAUCGCUAAGGGUGGCACAGUGCUCAUUCCCACCGACUCAAGCGCAAGAGUUUUGGAACUGGCUUGGAUCCUGGAAAAAGCGUGGUCCGAUCCCUCAAAUGCCACCUCUCUGAAGCCUGCCAAAGUGUACCUGGCCAGUAGAUCCGGCAAUGCCACUCUUCGGCACGCCAGAAGUCUGCUCGAAUGGAUGGACGACAGCAUCGUGCGAGAAUUUGAGGGUGAAGACGAAAACCCAGCACCAGCGCAGACGCACCGAAGGAGUGGCAGCAAGCAGAUAAAUGGCACGUCCAAACCUUCACGACCCUUCGAGUUUCAAAACGUCAAGAUCGUGGAGCGCAGAAACCAACUGGAAAGGCUGUUGAAAGCAGAAGGAGCUCGAGUCAUCCUUGCGAGUGAUUUGACAAUGGAUUGGGGCUUUUCUAGGUCACUGUUGGAGCAUGUGGUCCAAAGACCCGAGAAUCUGGUGGUUCUAACCGAACGACUGUACAUGCGCCCUGGAUCGCAAAGCCCGAGCCAGGUGUUCUGGACUUGGUAUGAAGAUCGCCAGGAUGGCGUUGCUCUCGAGAAAGGCCUCCCAACGGGCGAAUGGCUGGAGCAGGUACAAAGUGGAGGGAGAACGCUGAAGCUACGGAAUUCAGAAAAGACGGCAUUGAACACACAAGAAAAUCAAAGAUAUCAGCAGUACAUGGCGACCCAGAGACAGCUGCAAGAUUCUCUGAUUUCAGCCAACGAACGAGACCAGGCUGGUGCGGACGAUAAUAUCGACGAUGAAUCCAGCUCAAGCUCCUCGGAUGAGUCCGACGACGAACAACAGGGUCGUGUUCUGAACGUCUCGGCCGCUCUUGGUCACGGAGCACGAAAUAAACUGGCACUGAGCGAUGCAGAUCUAGGAGUCAAUAUCCUCGUCCGCAAGAAAGGCGUGUAUGAUUAUGAUGUACGGAACAAGAAGGGACGAAACGGCCUCUUUCCAUAUACACACUCACGGAGGCGUGGCGACGAGUUUGGGGAUUUCAUCAAGCCGGAAGAUUUCUUGAGAGAGGAGGAGAAAGAAGAGCAAGACGCGGCGAACGACACCAAAGCCGGAGGUCAGCUUGGACAGAAGCGUAAGUGGGACGAGGCGAAUGACACCAGGCAUACACAACAUAAGAAAAAUCGAGGGCCAGCAAUUGCAACAUCUGGCGAGUCCGCCGCGGAUUCGGACGCAGAGAAUUCGGACGAAGAUGUCCAAGUUGAGCGAGAAGGCUUUCAGGGGCCAGCAAAGGUGGUGUAUUCGACCUCGGAAAUUACGGUCAAUGCCAGAUUGGCCUUUGUUGACUUUGCUGGGUUACACGAUCAGCGCAGUCUGCAAAUGCUGAUACCUUUGAUUGGACCCAAAAAACUGAUCCUCGUUGGUGGAAAUACUUCAGACACCCUUGCUCUGGCGACUGAUUGCAAGGAGCUCCUCGGAAUGAAGGCGGUGGGAGCAGGAGACGAAGGAUCCACGGAAAUCUUUACUCCUGCUGAGGGCCAGACUGUUGAUGCGAGUGUCGAUACGAACGCGUGGGUUGUCAAGCUCAGCCGUGACCUGGCAAAGACGCUCCAUUGGCAGAAUGUUAAAAAUAUGGGAGUGGUGACUAUUCAGGGACAGCUCAAGGGCGAACCCUCGGGAGAUAAUCUGCAGGAAGAUCCUCAGACCAAGAAGCAGAAAUUUGACACAGAGGUGUCUCUUGCAGCUGGCCCGAUGCGGGCGCCUGCUGUCGAACCGAUCCUCGAUGUUCUGCCUGCGAGCCUGGCUGCAUCGACAAGAUCAGUCUCCCAUGCUAUUCACGUCGGCGACAUGCGUCUAGCUGAUCUGCGGAGAUUGAUCGCACUGGAUGGCCAUGUUGCUGAAUUCCGGGGCGAGGGCACCCUGCUAGUCGACGGGAUGAUAGCGGUACGAAAGCUCGGCACAGGGAAGAUCAUCUUAGAAGGUGUGCCGGUCAGUGCUACUGCCAUGACUUCGAACAGAAUGGAUGAUUUCACGCGGGUGAAGCAGAAGAUCUAUGACGGACUCGCAGUUGUGGCGGCCAGUUGA